CUCUUUCUUGUCCUUCCUACCCAAACCCAAAUUGCCUCCUCCUUCCUUUCUCCACUCCACACACAAGAGUAUAAGCAAUGGCAGCUACCUAAUUUUGGGGCUCCAGUGCAAAAUGAAAACGUGAGGCCUCAUGCUUAAAAAGCAGGAAAACAAGCUUUUAAAGGUUUUGGUGUAUCCUUUGUGCUGUGCCUCAAGAGGAAUUAUCUCCAUGCUCUUGCUCCUCUCCCAGCUGUGAGGGAUCUUGUGACCUGGUGCUUGCUAACCUGCCUGGAAGAGGGAGUAAGGAGAUUAUCUUUGUUCUGGUUCACUACCAUUCUUAAUAGACUAAAAGCUCCUGGAAUAAAUUGAUUACACUGUCAACCACUGUAUAGUCAUAAGUGUAGGAAGGUGCUUGGAUCCAGCAGGUGCUAAGUGACUGUUUGACGAUGAAUAAAGGAAACGUUUGUCUGAUAGAAGAAGGAAGUCAGAAAAGAGAUGUUGUGGGGUAGGAUUGUUCAGAACAGAAGUCAAAGACCAACUUUUCUUAGAGAAAGAAAUAACGUCUGCAAAUGAAAUGCUCUUCCUGCAAAUUCCGUUGCUAGCAGUUCUCCUCCCAGGUGGUGACAAUAAAGAUGAAUUCCACGAGCAGGUGUCCUUCCAAAUCAUCCAGAUCGCGUCCUUUUACAACCAAUCCUGGGUACAAAAUUUGGGCUCAGGUUGGUUGGGUGAGUUGCAGACUCAUGGAUGGGAUAGCAACUCUGACACUAUCAUUUUCCUGUGGCCCUGGUCCAAGGGCAACUUCAGCAAUGAGGAUUUGACGGAACUGGGAAAGUUAUUCCAUGUGUUCUCCAUUGGAUUUCUUCAGGCAUUUCACAACCAUGCCAGUCAAUGGCAACUGGAAUAUCCCUUUGAGUUACAGACAACAGGAGGCUGUGAGCUGUACUUUGGGGAAUCCUCAACAGGCUUCCUGAGGGUUGCUUAUCAAGGAUCAGAUUUCCUGCACUUCCAGAACAAUUCAUGGGUGCCAUCUCCCGAGGGUGGAAGUAGAGCUCAGCAUGUCUGCAGACUAUUCAAUUGGGACCAAGUCACCCUGGAAACAAUACACAGGCUCCUCACUGACACCUGCACACGUUUUGUCUUGAGUCUUCUUGAUGCAGGGAAGGCAGAUCUCCAACGACAAGUAAGGCCAGAGGCCUGGCUAUCCACUGGCAGCAGUCCUGGUCCUGGCCGUCUGAUGCUGGUUUGCCACAUUUCUGGCUUCCACCCAAAGCCUAUUUGGGUGAUGUGGAUGCGAGGUGAGCAGGAACAUCUGGGCACUCAGCCAGGUGAUGUCUUGCCUAAUGCUGAUCGGACAUGGUAUCUUCAAGUGUCCUUAGAUGUCGAAGCCAUUGAGGCAGUUGGCCUGUCUUGCCGGGUGAGACACAGCAGUCUAGGAGGCCAGGACAUCAUCCUCUACUGGGGACACACUGUGAACCACAAAGCUGUAUUCUCUCUUUGGAAUGAGAUCCCAGAAGUCCAGGGGCUCAGGACAUAUCUAAACUCAGCAUGGUGUUGGUAUUCUUUCAACUCUCCUUGUACAACUUUUUGCUGUUGAUGUUUAUUUUUGCUUUAUUGUCAGUUGUCAUUAUAAGAGAAUUGUAAUUUUCGAGGAUUUGUUGUUGUGACUUGGGUUGUAGGACCUAAAGCUCAAAUUAUAACUCUGCAUGGAUGAGGUCCUAGCAAUCUCCACAUAUUCAAAUAUUAAUGGGUCAUCAAGCCCAUUUCAGAUGUGUCUUCUUCCAGAGCGCCUUCCCUGAUUUACGAGUGGAAGAGUCUCUGGCUUAUCUGAACUCCCAGCACACUUGAACUGUACUUUGCCAAAUCUAAUCCUCACUUCCUGCCCUUUGUUUCAGCUAUUUAGAUCUCUUUUCCUCUUAUAAUUUUUAAGGUUUUUGAGAGCAAAGUACACGUCUUUUUAAUAUUUGUAUCCUUGGCAAAAUUUCUUACCUGAAUGUAACAUGUUUUCAAUAAAAACCUGUG